AUGGAGACUCGGCUUUUCAGAUUCCUCGAUUCACAAUACGAAGGUCGCCUAGGAUUUGGACCACUUCGCGGCGGCAGGGAACUUGGCCUUGUCGACAAUCCCACGCCCGAAUUACAGAAGGACAAGAAAGAUUCGGCGCCGAUGAAACGAUUCAAGCCAUGCUACUAUUCCCCGAUCCAAUGUCUCAUCAAGCGGAAGUAG